CACCGCUCUCUCUCUCUCUCUCUCUAGGACGACGACGACAAGAGUGAAGAGCUUUGUCUUUCUUAGCAUCUGAUCUUAUACGUCCGAGUUCUGAAGCAGCGCCGCCGCCGUUCUCUUUCGCGACCAAAAUGAUUGGGAUUGGUCGAUUAAGUCGGUUGGGAUUGAGAAGAUUCCAAAUUAUUAACCAUGGCUAUAGCAGUAUUAGUAGUAUAAUGGUGCAAAAGACUGCAAAUUCUCCAUCACCAUUGGAGGGUCAACGCAACAUCCAAGCCCCCGGUCAUCAACACCGGGAGAAAAAUGCCGCGGGCGAUAUAGACAAGUACCGAAUCUCUGGAAAUAUUGCGAAAACGGACAAGGUCGAUUUUCUAGUGAAGACCCUUCGUGAUAUCAAGAACAGCAAGGAGGCUGUUUACAGUGCGCUUGACGCUUGGGUUGCGUGGGAGGAAAACUUCCCUAUAGCAUUGCUUAAAGGGGCACUGCUUGUUCUUGAGAAAGAACAAGAGUGGCAUAGAGUUGUGCAGGUCAUUAAAUGGAUGCUAAGCAAGGGGCAGGGAACGACAAUGGGCACAUACGGGCAGUUAAUACUAGCUCUAGAUAUGGACAAUAGAGCUGAUGAAGCACAUGAAUUUUGGGACAAGAAAAUCGGCGGCUAUUACCAUUCGGUUCCUUGGCAGUUAUGCCGGCGAAUGAUAGCUAUAUACUACCGCAACAACAUGUUGGACAAACUCGUAGAGCUUUUCGAGGAGCUGGAAGCAUAUGAUCGAAAACCUCCUGAGAAAUCAAUAGUGCUUAGAGUGGCAAACGCAUACGAGGCUUUAGGCAGACUUGAAGAUAAAGAGAGGAUCUUGGAGAAGUAUAAUGAUCUUUUCAGCAAAGAUGAAUCACCCAAGAAGAAGUCAAGGAAGCCCGUUUCUAAGAAAAAUAAGUAAAGCAGUUGUGGCUGUAACUCAUUUAGUUUCUUGGGAUUUUUACCCAAUUUCUUUGAUAGGUAUGCUGCUUCUUAAUAUAAAUUAAUUUUUUACUAUAUGGGAAAGAAGAAUUGUAUUUCUCGUAGACAAUAGAUCAUUUAUUGGCACAAGGUCCCUUCAACCUAUUUUUGUUUGGGUAGUC